CCAGAAGUCUGGCAAAAUGUCACAAGUGGCUGGAGAAAUGCAGGCUGCUCUGCUCUUCACCCCAGAGAGGUGGUGCCUAGGCCUCGGUGCUUGCCUCCCUGCAGGGAGCCAAAACGCUCUUGGCUGAGCAUCCUGGAGAAGAGACCUCAAGACAGAGGCCUAACUUUUCCCUGGUUUCUUUGCCCAGGGACGGUCUUCAGCCUUGUUUGCCAUGCGGCAGGUACCCUUGCAUCCCUGUGGAGAUACCUGCUGAUCGUGUGCAUCUUCACUGUGUACGUACUACCUGUUUCUGCUGUUGGGCUUUUGGGGAGGCGGUAGCCUCAUGCUGCAGGGGUCAGGGUGCAGGGAGGGAGCGGGUGAGAAUUGGGCUGUGCUGCCGGCUGUGCUUCGAGCAAUGGGGACUGCUGCUGCCGCCGCCAGCUUCUUCCUGUUCCUCCGCUGCAGGCUGCAUCUUUGCUGUCAAGCAGAGAUGGGGAAAGGAGUAUGUAUGUACUCCGUGUUUCUGUGUUGGACACGGGGAGAAAGGAGAUGUCUGAGGGCCAGUGCAAGCAAAGGGGAGAGCAAGGGGUGUUCCUCAGCCAGCUCCCCACUCUCACAAGCACUGCUCAUGUUGUGGCCGUUCUCAGGGAGAGCCAAGAGUAAAGCCACUGGGCAGUCUCCCUGCCACACAUUCACCAGAGGCCCAGACUUUGGUCAUGGUAGGACAACCUGCUGUGUAGCCAGACGCAGGGGUGCGGAGGCGGAAGUCCUGAUUUGCUCAACCUCUUUACUUUCGGGGAGUAGUGAGUCCUGGAGUUCUUCUUUGGGGGAAGAGCUGCUGGCAGUUUUGAAAGGUGUGGACAGAAAGUGCCCCUCCUGGGCUCUUCCCUGGCAGCUGUCUGUCAGCAGCAGGCUUCCAAAACAGUGGCUUUCGUGCCUGGAAGUGGUAAUCCAGCUGGUUUGCUCGAAACCUGGCUCAUUGACAGACAUAGGACACCCUCCUUUUUCAGGCAAAAGAUGGCCGUGCACAAGAAGAGGUUCUUGAGAUUCAUUGUCUUCUUGCUUCCAGUGGUUCUUGCUGGUGUUUACUGUGGGACCUCACUGCCAGCGUGGACAAUGCAGGCAAAGGCACAGAGAGAGGUUGGUGGACCCUCUGGGACAGGCAGCUCCUGCAAGGGAGCAUUGCUGACAGUGGCUGGCUAAAUCGUGGGCUUUUCUGUGUCCACACAGAGUGAGCCAAAGAAGCAGUGGCUUUUGCCGGGGCUUCCUAGGGAAGCCUCUCCUGGGAAGCCCCAGCAGCUCUGGUGGUGGAUACUCUAACAGAGAGUUUUUCCCUUUCAGGCUCUGACACGGGCAGCCGCAGCAGAAACAAAGAUGCUGAGGAAUUUGCACACCUUGUUGACAGAGCAGACCCAAAAGUUGCAGCUUCUGCUGGAGGAGGUGGCUCAGCUGAAGGUGGAGAUAAGCCGUUUGAAGAAGGAGAGGCAGGAGGUGAACCAGGCAGCCCUGGAGUUGGCUUCGGAAGUCUACAUCAGAAGAUCUGACUGGGCCCUGAAAAGUUCUGGUGCCACCAUUGACAUGCAGAGAACUUCAAAGACCUAUGACUGCAAAGAGAAUUGGGGCUGCAGGGUUUUAUGGUUCUUCCACACUCCCAACCCUCCUGAUACGAUUUUGGAGCCGGAUAUUUCCCCAGGAAACUGCUGGCCAUUACAAGGGCACCAGGGCCAGGUGGUCAUCAGGUUGCCAGCACGAGUCCAUCUGACUGCUGUCAGUGUGCAGCACACCUACAAAGAGGUCUCUCCAUCUGGGACCGUCACCAGUGCCCCCCGAGACAUCGCUGUCUUUGGAUUGAAUGCAGACAGAGAAGAGGAAACUCUCCUUGGGAUGUUCGUGUACAACGUGGCAAAAGAGGCUAUUCAAACCUUCCCUCUGAAGAACACACACAGAGCCUUUGCGCACAUCAAACUUAUUGUGAAGAGCAACUGGGGAAACACGGCCUACACCUGCAUUUAUCGAGUGCAGGUUCAUGGAAAGAUGGAAGAACAAGAAAACCUCAGCUGAAACCAGACAAGAAAAAGAACACAAGUAAAAAAGAGAAAUGGGGGAGGAGGAAUAAAUGGUUUGUCAGAU